AUGACGUCAAAUACAACAUUUAAGAACGAGUUUUAUGCCAGAGUGCACACGCGCAUCUCCUGCUUCCCGUCCUCGCGCAUCCGGGAGGCCGAGCUGGCAAGGAGGAGGAGGUACAGGGUAGUGAUCAAGGACUGGGCACGUCAAGGAGAGCUGCUGGGGCUCUGGGUUUCAGGGGGGAAAAAAGCCAUAAAAGAACCAAAGCCAGAACGGAGUAGGAAGCUUCACCUUGCAGAGGAUGAAACGGCUCUGGCCAACAUCUUACGGGUGAAUGAAGUGGCAGAGUGGGAAGAGCUCCAGUCUCUUAACUCUGCAUCCCAAUCUCUUCCACUUUCCUUCUUUGGGGAGUUCAUUGAACUCUUUCUGAAACAUGGAAAAGACAAUCAAGAACAAGAACAUCAAUUCAGGGCUGCGAGGAGAGCAUGGAACGUACGAGAGGGUUUCUUUGGCCCAGGAGGUCCCUGCCCAGCAGGUCAGGACGUGGUGCGCCGGGAGCAGCGCGGCAGAGUUUGCGGGUCCCAGGCGGGCGCGGCGGCUCUGCGGGCGGCGCCCCGCCCCCCGGCGCCGCGGCCGAAGCCGGCCAGACGGCCGCGCCGGAGCCUGCGCACUGGGCCUCCAGCGCCACCAGCGGUUGCAGACGCGGCUGCUCGGAAGAUGGCGGAGCGUGCCGGCGCCGGCGGCAGCACAUCCCUGAGGGGGAUGCGCGAACGGAUGGUUGCUGCUGCGCAAGCGGUUGCUGAAGAAAGACGGAGUCAGAGUGGUUUCUGCUCUCUUCCAUCUCAGUCUGCAAAUAUAAGAUCAGCUUUUAAACCAGUAAUAGAUGGGUCCGUGCUUAAAAGUGUUGUGAAGCAGAGGUUGGCAAAGGAGCGUAGAGAGGAGAAGACAAGACAGCAAGAAGCUAAUAAGGAAACACAACUGCUUGAAAAAGAAAGAAAGUCCAGGAUCCAGUAUGAAAAACAGAUGGAAGAGAAGCAACGAAAACUGAGAGAACAAAAAGAAAAGGAUGAGCAGCGGAGAAUAUCCGCAGAAGAAAAAAGGAAACAAAAAUUACAGGAAGAAAGGGAGAGAUUUAAAGCUGUUCUCUAUCGGACGUUGGAACGGAGCAACCGCGUUGAUCAUCGUCAAAAAAGAUGGUCAUGGGAAGGCUCUACAUCCAUGAGCCCAGAAACCAAAACUGCUAAUACACGUUCUGUAUCGACUGAAAAACUUGAACAAGAGACUUCUGGUUUACACAAACAAAUGUCUGUGUCAUCUGCAGGUCUUCAAAAUUCUGUUGCUAAGAAAAAAAUAGAAAAGAAGAGAAGCUCAUCCUUGAAUAGAAGAUCUAACAAACUGCAGACACCUGCAGACAGUGUACAAGUAGAAGAAAAACCAACUGGCACCCACAGUACUUUAAUCCAGUAUAUAAACAUGCCCUUGCGUAGCCAUAGCAGUGACGAAUUGAAGAAUACCACAGUGCUUCGCAAGGCAGCAGUGGCAGGGCCUCCCCAGGAGAAGGUGGAAGUGGCCCCCCAUGUGAGUGUGGAAGCGGCCCCCGAGGCGAGCGUGGAAGCGACCCCCGAGGUGAAUGUGGAAGCCACCCCCAAGGUGAGCACGGAAGGGUCCUCUGAGGGGAGCAUGGAAGCAUCACGUGAAGCAGGUAUGGAAGCCCUCCCUGAGAGCGUGGAAAUAUCAUCUGAAGCCCUCCCUGAGAGCGUGGAAAUAUCAUCUGAAGUGAGCGCGAACGUGUCGUCCCCCGAGGCGAGUGCGGACCCGUCGUCCCCCGAGGCGAGCGCGGACCCGUCGUCCCCCGAGGCGAGCGCGGACCCGUCCCCCGAGGUGAGCGCGGACCCGUCCCCCGAGGUGAGUGCGGACCCGUCACCUGAGGUGAGCCUGGACUCGUCUCCUGAGGUGAGCAUGGAUGCAUCCCCCGAUGUGAGCAUGCGAGUGUCAUCUGAGGCCAGUGUGGAAGCCAGCGUGGAAGCGGCUCCCAAGGCUAGUGUGGGCCUGUCACCUGAGACCACGGUGGAAGCAUCGCCUGAGGCCAGUGUGAAAGCACUCCCCAAAGAGGGUGUGGAAGCGUCCCCCGAGGCGUCCCCCGAGGCAUCCCCCGAGGCAUCCCCCGAGAAAUCAGAGCUGGACAAACAGGCCUCAAAGCCCGCUACCAAGAAGCGCCCGGUGUCGCACAUACCGUGUUAUAAAUGGCCGUCUUCUUCUGUGAGUGGGCGGCGCCCGCCUUCCCCCGUCACUGUUAAGCAAAUGCAAAAGAAUCGUCCCCCAUCACCGUCACCAGUCAUGUCAAAGCAGUCACAGUCUCCUCUUUCCUAUCAAAUAAUCCCUGUUCACCGUAGCCUGUUGGCACAAAAUGCGUUAGGUACUCUUGGGAAGAAAAGAGAAGGAGUGCCUAAAACUGCUAACAGCUCCGAGGCUGUGAGCCAAAAGCAGAUGGCCUGUGAGGAGUCUAGUAAUAAAAGCACACCAGGGACUAUGAAUGCCAAGGAAGCAACAAAAAUUUUGGCAGAAAAACGUCGGCUUGCUCGCGAACGAAGAGAUAAAGAAGAAAGAAUACAAAAGGAAAGGGGGCAAAGAGCUGUUUAAAUGUGCUGUGUCAUUAGCAAAGUGAAGGACGUAGCAGAGAAAGCUGUGGAAGGCCAACAAGAAGAAUUCUUGAAACUGGAAGAAGGGCAACAACAGAAGGAAAUAAAGAAAGGAUGUCCAGAUCCAGAAGACCAGCAAGUGCUACUACAGAAAGGGGCCGCCAAAAUAAAAGCUCAGGAGGAGGCUGACAAACGCAAGAAGGAACAGGAGAGAAUUAUGUUACAGAAUUUGCAGGAGAGAUUAGAGAGAAAAAAGAGAAUUGAGGAAAUUAUGAAGCGGACGAGAAAGACAGAUUCAAAUGCCUCAAAGGCUGCAGAACCGGUUGUUGAUAACACGGACGAGGAGGACGAGGCGGACGAAAGUGACAACGGUUCCUUUGAUGACCUGCAUCCAUCAGCCUUUAUAAAUGGCAUGGAUUCAUCCACAAAACUCAAAACACAUUUUAAAAACAUGAAGAAGAACACUCCCAAGCUGGUGUUUUUAGACGCCACUUCUGGCCAAGUCCAUAGAGAGACAAAAACAUUUUUUAAUGGCGACAUGAAAAACUUCAGACAAAAAAGUGCGAAAGACCCUUUGGCUCAGGCAAAGGGUACCAGGGGCCUCACUCUUGGCGCCUGGCAUGGAGGAGAACUGCGCGUGCGCUCGGGCGGUGACGGGGCUGUUAACGUGCACGUCUCUUCCUGA